CAGUCACUGUUUGGAAACCGCUCGUACGGUCCUAAAGCACAUGCAGCCGUCUGGUCCCUACCAAACCAAACAGUUCAGCAAAAUGUCUCUGCCUCUCCUGUCCUCUGUGUGUGUUAUUUGUGAAGCAACUCAACAUCCAGAAGCAGUGGAGCAACCCCUCUUCCGCCUAUAAAUCUCCCGCUUAAGCCCCCUCUUCAUUUCCCCUCACUCCAUUCCUACUCUCUCUCUCUCUCUCUCUCUCUCUCUGCCCAGUCCUUUAUGCAGGGGAAGCGAAGAAUGGCUGUGGUUGGGUUGGCGCUGGUGGGUUGGCUCGCAAUGUGGGUCUGCUCCGUCGAUGGGCACGGAGGAGGAGGAGGAGGAGCAGAAGGAGGGUGGAUUAGUGCUCAUGCCACUUUCUAUGGAGGCAGCGACGCUUCUGGGACCAUGGGUGGAGCCUGCGGGUAUGGGAACUUGUACAGCCAGGGUUACGGCACCAACACCGCCGCGCUGAGCACGGCCCUCUUCAACAACGGCCUGAGCUGCGGGUCGUGCUACGAGAUCCGGUGCGUCAACGACCGCCAGUGGUGCCUCCCCACGACCAUCGUGGUCACCGCCACCAACUUCUGCCCGCCCAACAACGCUCUCCCCAACAACGCAGGGGGGUGGUGCAACCCCCCACUCCACCACUUCGACCUCUCUCAGCCCGUCUUCGAGCACAUCGCCCGGUACCGAGCCGGUAUCGUGCCGGUGGCGUACCGAAGGGUGCCCUGCCGGAGGAAGGGAGGCAUAAGGUUCACGAUCAACGGCCACUCCUACUUCAACCUGAUCCUCAUCACCAACGUCGGCGGGGCCGGUGAUGUCCACUCCGUGUCCAUCAAAGGGUCGAGGACCGGGUGGAUGCCCAUGUCGAGGAACUGGGGCCAGAACUGGCAGAGCAACACCUACCUCAACGGCCAGAGCCUCUCCUUCAUGGUCACCACCAGCGACAGCCGCAGCGUCGUGGCCUACAACGUGGCGCCUGCCCGCUGGUCCUUCGGGCAGACCUUCUCGGGAGGCCAGUUCCGCUAGAGGGAACGAAACAUCUACCCCGAAACCGGCUAGGGUGUCCGAAUAAGACGGUAACGCUUAAUAAGAGACGGGCUCCCGGAAAGCCAACCUAUGGGCAGAAGAUGUUUAUAGUGUGGUUAGUAUAGUGUCGACUACAACCCCUUGAUUGAGAUUUGAGUUAUGUAUAUGUGUGUCGCGUUUGUAAUAUGUUGGCGGAGGUCAUUGUACCCAGCAAAUAUGAGAAGGGCUAAUAAUUUUACAUUAGCUCUUCUCAUGUUCAGGCAUUAUUUGGUUAAGGUGGUCCCUCCAUAUUUUGGUAAUUACAGAAGUGGGCAGUGGCGGAGUUCUACCACCCGCCCGCAACUAUCUAGUAUUUCUAUUUUUGGCACCCUUUUGCCUUAGUGUCCCUCCUAGUGGCUCGAGAUGGUCACGAUUCUUUGGCAAUUUGGCUGUGUAUGUCCCACGAUUAUAACAUAAGGUUUGUGCUGUAAAACUUCGAGUCGUUCUAUUUAAAUGGAAAGACUUCGUAUGUA